AGUGGCCGAAGUGGAAGUCGGCGUAACGGCACUAAGGGGCGGGGCCGAAACGGCCCAGGGGGCGGGCGUUUGAAAUCAGUUCGUUAGAGUAGACCCUAAACCUCAUUUUAUACCUUCAAGAACCAAUUACUUAAUGUCUCUUCCGUCUUUUCCGUCCCCGACCCCCUCCCAGACUCCUUCAUUCCGGUACUGCGUGGACGGAAAGCCCCGGGUAGCCGACACCACGUCCCUGGCUAGCGGGAGAGAGCGUGGAAAAGGAUUACACCAAACUGUUUAAAUCCAACGACUCCUGCUUCCAUCCUUUCUCCUGAGCUAGAACCAACAAACCUAGAGAGUUGGGCUUCGGAAAAACUAGUGUUUUCAUUUAAUUGGAUAUGAAGAAAGAACAAAUAUGUACGGGGCAACCACGAUCUUUACAAAGAACAUAAGUUCCAGGAAAGCAGGAACCUUGUCUCUCUUGUUCACUGGGUGUAUCCUCUGCAUAUAGAACAGUGCCUGGCACAUAAUAGGUGCUGAAUUUUGUUCUAAACACUGAGGACAUACUCUGCUACAUUUGGGUCAUACCCCCAGGUCUGAGUAAUUCAAUAGACUUUAAGAAGACAGAGCCCAGCAGCAACUGAAACAUAACAGAGUUGCAGGGUCAGCGAACAUCAAUGCCUGGGCAAAGCUGCUGCCCAGAGUGGAAUCUCACUAGUGAAUAAACAAGCCCAAGAAAGAUUAUCAUCUCAUUUGCAAAAAAAAAAGUACGCCGGUAGAUCCUGCUACCUCAUAGAUACACCAACCCAAUUUUUUUUUUAAGUAGCAUUUUCCUAUAUUGUCCACUAUCUAGAACAUACCUAAACACUAAAGUUUACUGCUUAUUAAACGGAAACUAUGAAGUCUAAGGCCAACUGUGCCCAGAAUCCAAAUUGUAACAUAAUGAUAUUUCAUCCAACCAAAGAAGAGUUUAAUGAUUUUGAUAAAUAUAUUGCUUACAUGGAAUCCCAAGGUGCACACAGAGCUGGUUUAGCUAAGAUAAUUCCACCCAAAGAAUGGAAAGCCAGAGAGACCUAUGAUAAUAUCAGUGAAAUCUUAAUAGCCACUCCCCUCCAGCAGGUGGCCUCUGGGCGGGCAGGGGUGUUUACUCAAUACCAUAAAAAAAAGAAAGCCAUGACGGUGGGGGAGUAUCGCCAUUUGGCAAACAGUAAAAAAUAUCAGACUCCACCACACCAGAAUUUCGAAGAUUUGGAGCGAAAAUACUGGAAGAACCGCAUCUAUAAUUCACCGAUUUAUGGUGCUGACAUCAGUGGCUCCUUGUUUGAUGAAAACACUAAACAAUGGAAUCUUGGGCACCUGGGAACAAUUCAGGACCUGCUGGAAAAGGAAUGUGGGGUUGUCAUAGAAGGCGUCAACACACCCUACUUGUACUUUGGCAUGUGGAAGACCACGUUUGCUUGGCACACGGAGGACAUGGACCUUUACAGCAUCAACUACCUGCACCUUGGGGAGCCCAAAACUUGGUAUGUGGUGCCCCCAGAACAUGGCCAGCGCCUGGAACGCCUGGCCAGGGAGCUCUUCCCAGGCAGUUCCCGGGGCUGUGGGGCCUUCUUGCGGCACAAGGUGGCCCUCAUCUCGCCUACAGUUCUCAAGGAAAAUGGGAUUCCCUUCAAUCGCAUAACUCAGGAGGCUGGAGAAUUCAUGGUGACCUUUCCCUAUGGCUACCAUGCUGGCUUCAACCAUGGUUUCAACUGCGCAGAGGCCAUCAAUUUUGCCACUCCACGAUGGAUUGAUUAUGGCAAAAUGGCCUCUCAGUGUAGCUGUGGGGAGGCAAGGGUGACCUUUUCCAUGGACGCCUUCGUGCGCAUCCUGCAACCUGAGCGCUAUGAGCUGUGGAAACGUGGGCAAGACCGGGCAGUUGUGGACCACGUGGAGCCCAGGGUACCAGCCAGCCAAGAGCUGAACACCCAGAAGGAGGUCCAUUUACCCAGAAGAGCAGCGCUGGGCCUGAGACAACUCCCUUCCCACUGGGCCCGGCAUUCCCCUUGGCCUAUGGCUGCCCGCAGUGGGACACGGUGCCACACCCUUGUGUGCUCUUCACUCCCACGCCGAUCUGCAGUUAGUGGCACUGCUACGCAGCCCCAGGCUGCUGCUGUCCACAGCUCUAGGAAGCCCAGCUCAACUCUAUCAUCCACCCCUGGUCCAUCUGCACAGAUUAUCCACCCGUCAAAUGGCAGACGUGGUCGUGGUCGCCCUCCUCAGAAACUGAGAGCUCAGGAGCUGACCCUCCAGACUCCAGCCAAGAGGCCCCUCUUGGCAGGCACAACAUGCACAGCUUCGGGCUCAGAACCUGAGCCCCUGCCUGAGGAUGGGGCUUUGAUGGACAAGCCUGUACCACUGAACCCCGGGCUCCAGCAUCCUGUCAAGGCUUCUGGGUGCAGCUGGGCCCCUGUGCCCUAAGUCCACAGGCUGUCUUUAUAUCCCACUGCCCUGCUGUGUGACAGUUUGAUGAAACUGGUUACAUUUACAUCCCAAAACUUUGGUUGAGUUUGCAGGACUCUCAUUAUGCAUGAAAGAGCCCCCGUGGUGAUGCUCUUGGAUGCUGCCAAGUCCAUGGUGGUUUUCAAUUUUGCCAUACUUUUGUUCUUCCUACCGGACCCUGGAAUGUCUUUGGAUAUUGCUAAAAUCUAUUUCUGCAGCUGAGGUUUUAUCCACUGGACACAUUUGUGUCUGAGAACUACGUCUUGUUGAGGUUAGUGUAACCUGGUAUAUGCAACUACCAUCCUCUGGGCCAACUGUGGAAGCUGCUGCACUUGUGAAGAAUCCUGAGCUUUGAUUCCUCUUCAGUCUACCCAUUUCUUUCUUCCCCUCCCUCACCCCCUUUUUCUUAUAAAACUAGGUUCUUUUUACAGAUAAGGUCAGUAGAGUUCCAGAAUAAAAGAUACGACUUUUCUGAGUUAUUUAUGUACUUAAAAUAUGUUGUCACCAGUAUUUGUUCCCAAAUAUAUUAAAGGUAACCAAAAUGUUAAAA